AAACAUCAAGAGAGAAACCUGAGAUAAAUUGACCUAGAUUUCCACUUUUUCCGCUUACCCACAGAGAGUGAGAGGGAAAGAAAGGGAGGGGUUGGCUCGUUGAGUCCGACUCGACUCAGCCAUGUUUCAACCGCACAACCAGCUUUCAAUUCAAACAAAGCCAUUAGCUAUUCAAGAGCCAUCAGCAUUGAUGCAUGUGGAUCCAAAUAAUUCUUUUGGAGCUGCAAGAGAUGAGAUGCACAAUGGAGGGCUUUCUAAGGCAGAAUCUGCUGUCAACAAUUCCAAGAAACUUCAGGAUGAGCUACAAACUCUGGGGUUCAAAAUCAAACAGCAUGAGGAUAAUAUAAAAUAUCUGAAGACUCAAAAGGAUAAUCUGGAUGGCUCCAUUCUUGACUUGCAAGUUACCCUUGGCAAGUAUUGUUCAUCUAGUAUACCAACCAUGGAAAAUGAGGCCCUUUCGAAGUCCCGAAGUGAAAAUGAAACUGUUGAACAGAUACUGAAGUAUGAAAAAUCAGCAGCUGCCAUCUUAUGCCAGCUGAAAAUUCGUCAUGGAAGUCAGGCUUCACAUCUUACAUUGGCUAAGGAUGUGCUCGGUAUUGUUGCCACACUUGGAAAAGUAGAUGAUGAAAACCUUAGUAGGCUUUUCUCGGAGUACUUAGGACUGGAGACUAUGAUGGCAAUUGUCUGCAAGACUUAUGAAGGCGUUAAAACUUUGGAAACAUAUGACUUUGAAGGUGGCAUAAACAAACAUUCUGGUCUGCAUGGGCUUGGAUCUUCUAUCGGAAGACAUUUGGAUGGCCGAUUUCGCAUCAUCUGUCUUGAACAUUUAAGACCAUAUGCUGGGGAUUUUGUUGCUGAUGACACACAAAGGAGGCUUGAUCUUCUAAAGCCAAGAUUACCCAACGGAGAGUGUCCACCUGGCUUUCUUGGCUUUGCAGUGAAUAUGAUCAAUGUGGAUAGUGCAAACAUACUUUGUUUAACAUCCAGUGGUUGUGGCCUCAGAGAGACUCUAUUCUAUAAUCUAUUCUCUCGUCUUCAAGUGUAUAGAACAAGAGCAGAAAUGUUACUUGCUCUUCCUUGUAUUACCGAUGGGGCACUUUCUUUAGAUGGUGGAAUGAUCAAAACUGCAGGUGUAUUUUCUUUGGGCAGUCGGGAAGAUGUAGAAGUGAGAUUCCCAAAAAGCUCUGGAUCAAAUCUUCCUCUGGAGUACUUUGAAACUGAGAAGGAGCUGACAGAGGUGAACUGGAAAAGGGAAAAGGUUGAGGAAGAUAUUCAGAGAGAACAAUCACUUCUGAACCAUAUAAAUUACACCUUCAGAAUCAAGAAGCAGGCAUUCAUCAAGUACCUGGCUGAUAGCUCACCAUAUGGGAUUCAGCAACAAAUUCCAGGAGAGCGGGAGAGACUGACCCAAAGAUGAUAAUCAGAUCGAGGAACUGAGCCAGUGGAGGGGAUAGAGAAGCUUCUGAGGUUCAACUUUUGGCUAGGGUACUUGUACUGGUUUUCUGGGCAUCAAUGAAGGUAAAGCUCCGGGGAAAAGGUGAGAAGGAUGGGUUUGUUGUAUAGAGAAAAGAUGUUAGUUGUUCCCCAGAAUCAGUAUUCCUGAGAAGCAGGAUUGGAGUAUGCACCCUCUUGGUUCUCAUAGUAUGUUUCUGGAUAAAUUCUCAGUCAUGAUGAUUGUCCAUUGAAGAUUCAAGUGCAUUGACAAUCAAUUCAUUUUCAGAA